UGGGAGGAGGGAAGCAGCAGAGCCACUCGGUGUGUGUGAAUGAAAAAAGGCGAAGGAGCAAGACGUGCACAAUAAUGUGGACGCUGCUCCGUGGAUCCAUGCCCUUCGGAGAAGCCCGUGGAUCUAGCUGUGGUGAGGACUCUGUCAGAGUAGAACCAUGGAUCUACAUGUGUCAGACACCUCUGACCGGCCCGUGGACAUGCAGCGCCUGAGAGGCGCGCAGGAGCGCCAGACGCACCAGGUCCUGCAGAACACCCCUUUGGACCUGAUUGAAACAGGCAAGUCCCUGAAGGUCCAAGCGGAGCGCCCCCACCUGGUCAGCUUAGGAAGUGGCCGCCUGAGCACCGCCAUCACCCUGCUGCCGCUGCUGGAAGGGAGAACGACGCUGGGCAGCGAGACGACCGACAUCCCCCUGCAGGGCCCGGGCAUCGCACCUCAGCACUGCUACAUCGACAACCAGGCGGGGAGCAUCACCUUGCACCCAUGUGGAAAUCAGUGCUCCGUGGAUGGCUGCGCCAUCAGCAAGCCGUAUCGCCUCACGCAAGGGUGCAUGCUGUGCUUCGGCCAGUCGGCCUUCUUCCGCUUCAACCAUCCCGAGGAGGCUCAGAGGAUGAAGAGCAUGCUGGGAACGAGCGCCGCCAACACCUUCCCCUCCGACCUCCAUAGUAGCUCCAAUGGAAACCACGAGUCGUUCUCAAGUCACGACGACGCCAGACUCAAUAAGGUGGCGAGGAAUCUGCAGGACUCCCUGGUUCUGAAGGGUUCUCCAGCAGACCUGCUGAACGGGAGGAACCACCCGGUCCCCCAUCCGCGGGCCUCCCAGUCCGGGGGGGGUCAGAGGGCCCAGGAGAACCCCACGGCACUCAGAAACACCAAGGCGGAGGCCUCGCCCAGCCCCGGUCCGCAUGUCCGGAGGUCGGGACCGGAGGCCGCUCCGCCCAGCCCCCGACUACGAGGGUCCUCCCUGCAGAGGAGGUCCCACAGCCCCAUGAGACACCAAGGUUCCCAUGGAGACGGCCAUCAGAGGCCGACCGGGUCCAGUCUGAGGGAGCUCCCACCUCCGAGCCCCGUCAUGUCCCCCAGGGGGAAUCCGGGGCCGCAGGGGGUCCCGGUCAGCCCAAAGGGCCCCCGAAAACUGGCAGCGGCCGCGAGGGCGCAGCAGGGGCCGGAGAAGGAGGCGGGGGGGAAGCAUCUCCGGGGCCCGAGAGGUGCAGCCGCGUCCAGCGUGGGUUCUGGAUCUAGCCCGUCUCCGCUGGCGAGUCCUCACAGCCCGAGAAAACCCUCCUGCGCGGGGGUCAAAGCGUCCGCCGCCAAGGAGGGGGCUUUCAUGAGACCUCACACCCGCGAGCGCAAAAACAGCAUCUCUGAGAUCAGCGACAACGAGGACGACCUGCUGGAGUACCACCGCUGGCAGCGGGAGGAGCGGCUGCGCGAGCAGGAGAUGGAGAAGCUGGAGCGGCAGAGGCUGGAGACCAUCCUGAGUCUGUGUGCCGGCUAUAACCAGGAGGACGGCGCCGCCGACCUGGUGAAGAGCGGGCUGCUGGGGGAUGCUUCUCCUCAGGGAGCAGAACGAGCUCAGCGGCUGAGAGACAACGAGGACGAAAUCCAGAGAGACGAGUCCAGCAGCACAGAGAGCACACAUCAAGAGUGUGACGAGCUGCUGGCGGGGCAGGAGCCGGUCUACCUGGAGGAGGAGAGGAGUAGGAUCCUGGCCAGGGUGGACGAGCUGAAGCACCGAGUCGGUGAUCUGGACCAGCAGCUACAAGAGACCAAACAGGAGGUGGAGAUGGAGCAGGCGCUGCUGCAGGCGGAGAGGCGGGCGGAGCAGGAGCAGGUGGAGGCUGCCAACGACAUCCUCUCCCAGCUGCAGCUCAGACUCAGCCAGCUGGACAAGGCCACCCGGCAGGAGAAGGACAAGGGGAGGGCUAAUGUGUCGGCUGAGCGGAGGGUCCUGGAAAAGCAGAGGAAUGAGUACAAUGAGCUGAAGAGGCAGUUUGAUAAGUGCCCCUUGUCUCUAAGGGAACAGUUGCAGGAGCAGCUCAGCAGGAAAGCUGAAGCUCUGGAGUCGGGGACCAAGCAGUUCGAGGAGCUGGAGUUCUGCCAGCUGGAGGAGGAGAGCAGUUUAGAGGAGAGGAAGGACGCUCAGAGCUCGCAGCUCCUCCAGGAGCAAGCCGAGUACCACUACAGCGUGGCCAACAGGAAGGAGAAGAUGGCGGCGUUGGAGGCUCAGGUGAAGCAGCUGGGUUUACAGGCGUCUAAGGACUGUGAGAUGAUAGCCAAAGACAGGAGCGUGGCUCUGCAGCUGCUGCACAAGGAGCAGGACCGGUUAAUCGCCCUGGAGAAGCGGUACCACAACCUGACGGGGAGAAACUUUCCCAAGUCCACGAAAGAGGACUUGCUCCACAUCAGCGAACCGGACCCCGUUCAUGUGGACGGUCGUCCUCAUAGCCCCUGUCCCUCCUCUGCCUCCUUCUCCUCCUCCUCCUCUGUCAUUCCCUCCCCUGAACUCUGUCCUGUCAGGCUCCAAGAGGAGUACCUCCGGCUGUCUGACGUCUAUAAGAUGUACGGAAACGCCUCCCUGCAGCCUCACGCUCCCGCCCCCCCCGCCGCUCUCCACUGCCUGUCCCUCACUGUGUCUCCAGCUCUGCCGUGUGAGGAGUACAUCACGGUCAGUCAGUUAAGCCAGAUCUUUGGGGUGCAGAGAGUUAACCCCUCGUCUUCCUCUUCUACUCCAUCAUUCCAACUGGCCUCGUCCGAAUCUUCCUUCUCAUCCCACCCGAGUGCAUGUGGUCCAUCCUUUCUCUCUGCAAAGAGCCAGGCUGAGCUGAGCAGGAAUGCAAUGCCGCCCAUUAAUCUUGAGCGCUGGUACCAGGACAUCAUGGCGGCUGGAGAGCCUCAGCUGUGUCCGCCGCCGCUGCCUGCAAAGUCUUUUUCCACACGCAGACACGGGCAGCUGCUGAAGUCCAAGUCGGAGGGCGAGGUGGCGCAGGGAUCGCUUAGCGCUCACGUCAGCAGCUCCGCCGUCAUGUCCCACUCCAGCUGCGUCAUCAAUGACAAAACCGCCUUCACCAAGGGGCUGCAGCUGACGCUCAGAGAGAUGUCCCACCUGCCAGACUACGACCCCAGGAAGCAAAUGCCUCUCUACUGCAAAGAUCCAUCUCCCACGGUGCAUCACUCCAUCCUGCACCACCAGCUGCCCCCCAGUGGCAGCCAGGCGUACGACACGCUGAGCCUGGAGAGCUCCGACAGCCUGGAGACCAGCGUCUCCGCCGGCAACUCCGCCUGUACCCCGGAAAGUGCCUGCGGGCUGGAGGCCCAGCGGAUAGAGGAGAUGGAGAAGAUGCUGAAAGAGGCGCAGCAGGAGAAAGCCCGACUGAUCGAGAACAGAGAGAGGGAGGUGCAGGCUCGGUGGCAGAUGCUGGAGGAGGAGCGGAGGCGGCGGGAGGAGGCCGAGCGGAGGCUGCAGGACGAGACGGCCCACAGGCGGAGGCUGGUGGAGGAGGAGGUGAAGAUGAGAGAGAAGCACUUCUCUCAGGCCCGUCCAAUGACGCGCUACCUGCCGAACCGCAAGGAGGAGUUCGACCUGCGCGCCCACGUGGAGUCGUCGGGCCACUGCGUGGACACCUGCCCCUUCGUCAUCCUCACCGAGAAGAUGUGCAAAGGUCACCUGGUGAAGAUGGGCGGCAAGAUCAAGUCCUGGAAGAAGCGCUGGUUCGUCUUUGACCGCCUCAAGAGGAACUUCUGCUACUACGCUGACAAGCACGAGACCAAGCUGAAAGGGCUCAUUUACUUUCAGGCCAUUGAGGAGGUUUAUUACGACCACCUUCGCAGCGCCGCCAAGAGCCCGAAUCCAUCUUUGACCUUCUGCGUGAAGACUCACGACCGGCUGUACUUCAUGGUGGCCCCGUCGGCGGAGGCCAUGAGGAUCUGGAUGGACGUGAUCGUGACGGGUGCAGAGGGCUACACGCAGUUCAUGAGCUGAGAGACCUCCGGGUGAAAGAUCGGAGGGGGACGGAGGAGGGGCACGCACACGCACACACACACACACCUGCGACCCGGCUGAAACCGGCGGCGUGCGAAAGACGGACAUCUGAAGGGAUGAAGGGUCUCGGGAGCUGCGCCCUCGAGCUAAUGAGGCUCAGCCACCACAAGGGUGCAUUUUAACGAGAUUUUAGGUUGUAUUUAUUGUCCGGCUGUGAGUUUGAAAGGAAGGAAGACGGCAGCCUGUCGGAGGAUGAUGGAAGCCAGCGCUCCGCCACAUCAAUAAUACUCUCUUACCAAAAUGUAUCAUUGUAAUAUGAUGGUUCAGAUUUCAGGAGGAGCGUUUACUUUCACCGAGCUCGACAUUUACAGCGCUGAUUUCUGCACACGGCGCUCUCACGCGUACCUUUUUGAUACAUUUCUACUUUUUCUCCGACUUUUAACUUUUUCAGAUGGAAAAAAAUAAUAAUAAUUCAACAUUUCCAAAGACGAAAGAAAAAAAAUGAUAAGGAAUCAUACUAAAAUACGGAUUUAAACAUGAUCUGGUGCUUUGUGACAGAGUUAAAACAUCCCCUGCUCUGUUAGCAGGUAGUCAAGAGUGGACAUUCUGGGACCAAAACUGUGGAAACAAAGCAGUUUUCAGUCUUUGCAGAACACAAAACACUCAAAGUUUUUGCAGCUAUAGUGAUUGGGGGCAAAUAAUUGGCUGUUUCAAGCCUCUGAAAAGACUUAAUUCCCCUUCAGUGACUGUCUUAUAGACAAAAGUCGUUUAAACUCGUUCACGUGUCCAGAAAGGACCUUACAGCCAUCUCCUUCCUUCAGUAGAUGCUGAUGGCAUCUGAUUUCUGCUUUUAUCUAAAAAAAUGUAACCUCUAAUUAGUUCUAUCGGAGCAGCAUCACUUAGGUGGAGUUUAGUCACAGGUUUAAAGAACUGUUUUAUUCUAACGAAGCCCCAAAUGUUCUCCGUCACCGAUCAGAAAUCCCUCACGAAGCCCCACGCUGCCGACCGUCUAACAGAACUACGCUUGUUUUAUCUCUAAACAUGUUCCUUUUAAUACAGUUUUAUAUAUCGUUCCAAGAGCUUUUCAUUCAGUUAAAUAAGAAAAAAAAAAACAGUGUUUGUACUUUUCAUAAAUAUGUCAAAUAAGAUCUUCUUAGCGUUUCAGAAAAAAAAUGACGACUUAUAGUGAAAUAAUUAUAUUCUCAAACCACUAUGUAAAUCUAAUAAAGGAAAAUAUAA